AAACCAGAGCGACGGAAUCUCCUCCAUGGCAGGAUAAGGCGCCUUCGUCCCGAACAGCCUCGUUCUUCCAUUCCCAGCCUCCAGUUCCCAUCGCGAAUCAUGGCCAAAUGCUACUCCGACUGGCCUCCCCUCCCCCCUCUCCAUCCAUCGAGAAGAUCGUCGCCCAGCACUUCCCUCUGCACGAUCAAGCGGCAGCUCGCGUCCUUCGUCCUGCACUGCUCCCGCUCCUGCGCCUCCCCGGUUCUUGAGCCCAAGAAUUUGCCCGGCGAGCUCCAUGUUCUUUCUUCUCCGGCGCCGGCCAAGGCGGCGCCGGUGUCCACGCUUCCGGAUGCUGCGAACCUCGGCAUCUCCAACAAGUUCAUCCGGGGGCUCUGCGGCGACCGGCAGACCGAGCCGCUCGCCUUCGAGUGCUACCGGAGGGCUCUGCAGCAGCCCGAGUUCCGGCCGGACAAGAAGACGAUGAAUGCGCUCACCGUGCAGCUGCUCCGGGCCAAGCAGUGGAGCUCGCUGGAGCAUCUGGUCCAGGAUUUCAUGGCCUAUGGGGUACUCCCGGAGAGACGGACGUGCGCGCGGCUCGUCGCGACCUGCGUCAAGGCGAGGAGGUUCGGCCUCGCCGACGUGGUGCUCGGGGUCCUCGAAGGGAAGAAGGGCCCGGCCGCCGCCGUGUGCUUCAGCUCGGCGUUGCAGGCGUACAACAAGCUGCACAUGUACCGGAGCACGGUGCUGCUGUACGAGCGGAUGAAGGCGGACUGCCUGUCGGUAAACGCCGACGCCUACCGCGCCGUGAUGGCGGCGUUCGGGGCGCUGGGCGAGCCGGACACGGUGACUUCGCUGUUCAAGCAGUACAGGUCUCGGAAAUGGUACCCCUCCGAGACCUGCCUCGAGACGUACACCAUCGCCUGCGACGCGCUGGGGCGGGCAGGCAGAGCCCUGGACGCGCUCAAGUGCCUGCGGGAGAUGGAGGCGGACGGCAUCUCGCCGGACGCCGGGAUCUACUCCACCGUCAUCGGCUCUCUGGCGGACGCCCGAGAGACGGCGUCGACGGAGGACGUGUACGACGAGGCAUGGAAGAAGGGGAUGCUACGAGAUCCAGACAUGUUCCUGAAGGUGGUCAUCAUGCAAGUCGAGACCGGGCUACUGGAGGACACGCUCGGCGUGGCCAAGGACAUGCGGGACAUCGGCCUGAGGGUCACCGACUGCGUCCUCUCCACGAUCGUCAACGGCUUCGUGAAGAGGAGAGGCCUGAAGCCUGCCAUCAGAGCGUACGACAAGCUGGUGGCCAUGGGGUGCGAGCCCGGGCAGGUCACCUACGCGUCGGCGAUCAACGUGUACUGCCGGCUGGGGCGGAGCGACAGGGCGGAGUCCGUCUUCUCGGAGAUGAUCGACCGGGGCUUCGACAAGUGCGUGGUGGCGUACGGCAACAUGAUCUCCAUGUACGGGCAGAUCCGGAGGGCGUCGGACGCCACGAGGCUGCUGGCGCUGAUGAAGCAGAAGGGUUGCGAGCCCAACGUGUGGGUGUACAACUCGCUCCUGGACAUGCGCGGCAAGCUCGGGGACUCGAGGCAGGCCGAGAAGAUCUGGAAGGAGAUGAUGCGGCGCAAGGUGCAGCCCGACCGGGUGAGCUACACGGCCAUCGUCGGCGCGUUCAACCGGUCGGGGGAGCUGGACCGGUGCAUGGACUACUACCAGGAGUUCAGGGAGACGGGGGGGACGGUGGACAAGACCCUGGCCGGGCUCAUGGUGGGGGUGUUCUGCAAGACCAGCCGCUUCAACGACCUCAUCCAGCUGCUGAGGGACAUGAAGCUGCAGGGCACCAAGCUGGACAGGAGGCUGUACAUGAUCGUCCUCAACAGCCUCCGGGAAGCCGGGCUGGAGGUGCAUGUCAGGUGGCUCCAGGAUUACUUCAAUUCCGUGGAGGAGAAAACCUGAUUUCACACUCCACGAGUUCCUGAUGUUCAUCUUCAGCAUCGGAGCAUGACGAUCGGGUGUCUGUAAAUUUGAAGCAAAAUAGGUAAAUAUUUGCUUGCCUCCAUGCUCCUUGAAACUACGUACAAGCUUCCCUGAAUCAUGGAGAAAUUGACACUGUAAAUGUAUUGUAGAAAAUGGCACCAUUGUACCACCAAAAUGAUCUGAUUCCAGAAUUCUCGGAUAAGCUGUAUAGCUGAAUAAUUCUGCAUUCAUGUCGGAUUCGAUGAUACUCUUGUACAGUUGUACUAUAGCUCCUGUGGCGGAUGUAAUAACUUGUAUUGAUACUGAAUUUUCACAUUUGCUCA